AUGACAGCCCUGGCCUGGGAACCAUCGGAGCCUCUACAAAUUUGUGCCAGAGGGCCGGGCCGGCUGCAGGCCCUUGCAGCAGGAGUUGUUGGCCGCACCCUCCUGUGCUGUGCAACUCGCCACUGCUGUCUGGACAUCCUCAGCUCUCUGCAAGCCUGGGGCAUGGACAUCAAGGCCGCUAAGCAAGACUGUAAGCGGCCUCUACAUGAGGCUCCCUCCAUGGGCCACCGGGACUGGGUGCACUACCUGGCUGCGCUGAGGGUAGCCAUGGACUACCUGAAGAAGGCCAGCUGGACUCUUCUCAUGAUGACUUGCAUGAGGAAGAAUCUCGGAGUGAUCCAGGACCUUGUGAAACACGGCACGAACCCACUGCUGAAGAACAAAGAUGGCUGGGACAGUGUCCACAUUAUCGCUGAAGAAAGAGGUGACCCUCUGACACUCCAGUACUUGCUCUCAGUGUGCCCAGAUGUCUGGAAGACAGAGGGCAAGAGAAGAGCUCCUCUGCACAUGGCAGCAAUGCAUGUCUGUUUAGAAACAGUAAAUAUAUUGCUUAAGAGCUGA